AUGGCUCCCGUCACCGAUUUUGCCGUCAAGGACACUUAUCCGUACCUGGAAGGGUUUGGUAACUACCACUCAUCCGAAGCUCUCCAGGGCGCAAUCCCUGUGGCGAACAAUACCCCCGUGAAACCUCCAUACGGGCUUCGCACAGAGCGACUCAGUGGGACUUCAUUCGUUGCGCCGCGCAAUCUGAUGUUACAAACGUUCAUGUAUCGCGUUGCGCCAUCUUUGGAUCAUGAUCCAUUUGAACCCCUAGAUGCUCAGCCUCCCAAAGUGCCGGAUUUCAUAUCUCCCAACUCGUACCUAUGGCCGCAGCUUCCCUCUGAUCCAACAGCUGAUUGGAUUUCUGCACAAAAGCUCCUGGCCAGGAAUGGUGACCCUAUGGGUAAAGAUGGGCUUGCCAUCUGGACUUGGAGCGUGUCACAAGAUAUGGAACCAAGAACGGCCUUCUGCUCUAUCGAUGGCGACGUGCUCAUUAUUCCUCAGGCGGGUUCUCUUGAUAUCCAGACCGAACUGGGCAAGUUGUUGGUCAGGCAGAACGAGAUUGCUUUGAUUCCCCGAGGGAUACGGCAUCGUGUCACAUUACCCGCAGGUCCCGCUCGAGGGUACAUAUGCGAAUUGUUCCACGGCCAUUUUCGUCUUCCAGAACUUGGCCCUGUAGGUAGCACUGGGCUCGCCAAUACCCGAGAUUUCCAAAUCCCUGUGGCCUAUUUCGACGGGAGUGUCGAAGACGGAGUGGCCAUUUCGAAUGAUGUGGGAACCAAACACACGAUCGUAACACGCCAGAAUGGUCGGCUGUGGCACUGCGAGCAGACACAUACACCUUUUGACGUGGUAGCCUGGCACGGCACGAACUAUCCCUCGAAGUAUGAUCUGGCGAGGUUUUGUGUUAUGGGAAAUCUCCUCUUUGACGAACACGAUCCAUGCCUCUACACUGUGUUGACUGCACCCUCUCACGGCGAACCGGGCAAUUCGGUUGUCGACUUUGCCAUAAUCCCUCCGCGUUGGAUGGUAACCGAAAAUACCUUCCGCCUGCCGUAUUAUCAUCGAAACACCAUGUGCGAGUUUUUUGCCCCCAUAAUCAAUUCCCAAGACAUCGAUUAUCCGUUCAAUGGGGGGGCUGAUUUCAAGCCUCUGGGAGCAGGAUUGCACGGUAGCAAUGUGAUUCAUGGCCCUACGGAAAAGAGCUUUCAAGAAGCUCGGGAAGGCUCCAACGACCUAGAGAAGGUUGACAACCUGGGUAUCACAAUCUUCUUGCUUGAGACAGAGAAGCCGUUAUACCUAAGUGACCGGGCCGCCAAACUAGCAGCUGAGGCUUCGACAAAGGCCGCAGCUAAAGCAAGAUCCAGAGUCCCGAAAAAUAACAAACUGUAA